UGAAGAUGGCACAGUUAAAAUUUGGCAUUCAAAUACAUAUCGUCUAGAGAACACUUUAAACUAUGGUUUAGAACGCGCUUGGACUGUUGCCUACCAAAAAGGAAAUAAUAAUGUCGCGUUCGGAUAUGAUGAAGGAGCUGUUUGCGUCAAGUUAGGACGUGAAGAACCGGCUGUCAGUAUGGAUAAUUCUGGAAAAAUAAUUUGGGCAAAACAUAAUGAAAUUCAAACAGCUAAUAUCAAAGCUGGUCAUGAUGAUAACAUUAAGGAUGGUGAUCGUUUACCUUUACCUAUCAAAGAUUUGGGUAGUUGUGAAGUGUACCCUCAAACAUUGCAACAUAGUCCUAAUGGAAGAUUUGUUGUUGUAUGUGGUGACGGUGAAUACAUCAUUUACACAGCACUUGCUUGGAGGAACAAAGGGUUUGGUAAUGGUCUUGAAUUUGUGUGGGCAUUGGACUCAAAUGAAUAUGCUGUGAGAGAAUCUACAACAAAAAUUAAACUUUAUAAAAACUUUAAGGAGAGACCAAAUGCCUUGAAAUUGAAUUUUAUGGCAGAAGGAAUUUAUGGUGGAACUCUUUUAGGUGUAAAGAGUACUACCUAUUUAAAUUUGUAUGAUUGGGAAACUGGUUCUAUCGUUAGAAGAAUUGAUGUUAUUCCUAAAAGUGUACAUUGGUCGGAUAUUGGUGAUCUUGUAACCAUUGCCUGUGAAGACACUUUUUACGUUUUACGAUUUAAUCGCCAAGCUUAUACACAAUUCUUAGAAAGUGGUGGUGAAAUUGGUGAUGAAGGUGUUGAACAGGCUUUUGAGUUUGUAACAGAAAUUCAAGAAAGUAUCAAAACAGGAACUUGGGUUGGCGAUUGUUUUAUUUACACCAAUACUGUCAAUCGAUUGAAUUACCUCGUUGGUGCCCAGACAUUUACUAUUAGUCACUUUGAUACUUAUGCCCUUUCUUUAACCGUUAUUGAAUACCAAACUGCUAUCCUUCGAAGUGAUCUUGAGACAGCAGAACAAUUGUUACCUACUGUGCCUUCUGACCAAAGGAAUCGCAUUGCAAGAUUCUUGGAAAGCCAAGACCUCAAAGAGCUUGCACUUGAAGUUUCAACUGAUGUUGAGCAUAAAUUCGAGCUUGCCGUCCAACUCAAUAAGCUCGAUGCUGCUGUUGAAAUUGCACGUGAAGUGAAUACUGAAACAAAGUGGAAGGCUGUUGGUGAUUCCGCUUUAAGUGCUUGGAAGUUUUCACUUGCUGAAGAAUGUCUCAAAAAAGCUAAAGAUUCAAGUGGCUUACUUUUGUUGUAUACUGCCUCUGGUAAUGCCAAAGGUAUAAAGGAGUUGGCUGAAUCAGCUGUUGCGGAUGGAAAGAAUAACGUGGCGCUUGCAUGUUUUUUGCAACUCGGUCAGGUUGAAGAUUGUAUAAGUAUACUCAUAAAAACCGAUCGUAUCCCAGAAGCAGCAAUGUUUGCGCGAACAUAUCUUCCAAGUCAUGUUUCAAGAGUCGUUAAAUUAUGGAAAGAAAGUCUUGAAAAACAAAACAAGAAAAAAGCACGUUC